GUAUUAUACAUGGGGGCGCAUUAUACACGGAAAAAAACGGUAAACUCUCCGCCGUCAACAAGCCCCUUCCCUCAUCUCGGAGAAGGCGGUCCGUCACGAGGAGCCCGCUAGCAGUUAGCUCCAUCCAGCUAGCAUGCUGCCACACUGUGCCGUUCAUUUUUUGGGCAGCCCAUUGGGCAACAUCAUGAAGUAGUCAGUCAUUUCUCGCACAACUACGGGCCAGUUCGAGGCGUAUUACGGCCCCACGGUCCUAGUUUGGAAGGACUAAUGUUUGGACCUCCAAAGCUGGCACGAAUGGGAUUUGCCCAGUUAGCCGCCGCUGCUAAUGAUUGUGCUGGAUGGCUAGCUUCGCGGCCAUCCGGUUUGGGCUAGCGCUGUGACACAGCUGGUUCCCAUAAAUCUCAUAAUACGCAGGUGGAUCACCUGUAACAACCAUGCCUCCCCGGCCGUCCUCAGGAGAAUUAUGGGGGAUGCACUUGAUGCCACCCAGCAUCAAAGUAGACUGCCUCCUGCCGAAUGGCAUGAUCCUCACGUUGGAGUGCCUCCGUGAGGCCACGCUGAUCACAGUGAAGCACGAGCUUUUCAAAGAAGCCCGGAAAUAUCCUCUUUACCAUCUACUCCAAGAGGAGAGCUCCUACAUCUUUGUCAGUGUCACCCAAGAGGCAGAACUAGAGGAGUUUUAUGAUGAAACCAGGAGGUUAUGUGACCUCAGACUCUUCCAGGCUUUUCUCAAAGUCAUUGAGCCUGUAGGCAACAGAGAAGAAAAGAUUCUCAAUCGAGAAAUAGGUUUUGCUAUUGGGAUGCCCAUAUGUGAGUUUGAUUUGGUUAAAGAUCCCGAAGUGCAGGACUUUAGACGGAACAUUUUGAAUGUUUGCAAAGAGGCAGUGGACCUUAGAGAUUGUAACGGACCCCACAGUAGAGCGUUGUAUGUCUAUCCUCCCAAUGUGGAAUCCUCAGCAGAACUGCCCAGGCACAUCUACAACAAACUAGAUAAAGGUCAAAUAAUUGUGGUAAUAUGGGUUAUUGUGUCACCCAGCAAUGAUAAGCAAAAGUACACUUUGAAGAUCAACCAUGACUGCGUGCCGGAACAGGUUAUCGCUGAGGCUAUUCGCAAGAAGACGCGCAGUAUGCUGCUCUCUCAAGAGCAGUUAAAGAUGUGUGUGCAGGAGUAUCAAGGGAAAUACAUCCUCAAAGUCUGUGGUUGUGAUGAGUACUUACUGGAGAAAUACCCCCUGAGUCAGUACAAGUAUGUGCGCAGCUGCAUCAUGUUGGGGCGAAUGCCCAACUUGAUGCUGAUGGCAAAAGACAGUCUAUAUUCCCAACUGCCAAUGGACAAUUUCACCAUGCCAUCGUACGCCCGACGAAUAUCCACAGCAACACCUUACAUGAAUGGGGAAACAUCCACAAAGUCACUAUGGACUAUCAACGGAGCACUAAGGAUUCGGGUGCUGUGCGCUACUUACGUCAAUGUCAAUAUUAGAGACAUAGACAAGAUCUACGUCAGGACUGGCAUAUACCAUGGUGGAGAGCAGCUGUGCGACAAUGUCAACACUCAGCGCGUGCCUUGUUCAAAUCCCAGGUGGAAUGAGUGGCUCAACUACGACAUGUACAUUCCAGACAUCCCGCGCGCUGCUCGUCUUUGCCUCUCCAUUUGUUCUGUUAAAGGGAGGAAGGGAGCAAAAGAGGAGCACUGUCCUCUGGCCUGGGGCAACAUUAACCUGUUUGACUACACCCACACACUCGUAGCAGGGAAGAUGGCGCUCAACCUCUGGCCCGUCCCACAUGGCUUGGAGGAUUUGCUCAACCCCAUCGGCGUCUCUGGCUCAAACCCCAACAAGGAAACCCCUUGUCUGGAGUUGGAGUUUGACCAUUUUAGCUCACCAGUGACGUUCCCUGAUUUGACCACCAUUGAGGACCACGCAAACUGGAAUAUAUCCAGAGAGCUUGGCUUUAAUUACUGCCCCACGGGUUUGAGCAAUAGAGUGGCCCGAGACAACCCCUUCACAGACAUUGACAAUGAGCAGCUUCGCCAAGUGUGUAACCGGGACCCGUUGUCUGAGAUCACUGAGCAGGAGAAAGACUUUUUGUGGAGGCACAGACAUUAUUGUGUCAACAUGCCCGACAUCCUUCCCAAGAUCCUCCUUGCUGUGAAAUGGAACUCCAGAGAUGAGGUUGCACAAAUGUAUUGCCUUCUGAAGAAUUGGCCGGCUAUCAAGCCGGAACAAGCCAUGGAGUUGCUGGAUUGCAACUUUCCCGAUCCCAUGAUCAGAAAUUUUGCUGUAAAGUGCCUUGAGAAGUAUUUAACUGAUGACAAACUGUCACAGUACCUUAUUCAACUGGUUCAGGUUCUAAAGUAUGAGCAGUACCUUGAUAAUCCACUCGGCCGUUUCCUGCUAAAAAAGGCAUUAACCAAUCAGAGGAUAGGACAUUUCUUCUUUUGGCAUCUAAAAUCAGAAAUGCACAACAAGACAGUGAGCCAGAGGUUUGGACUCCUGCUGGAGUCGUACUGCAGAGCCUGCGGCAUGUACCUGAAGCAUCUGAGCCGGCAGGUGGAGGCUAUGGAGAAACUCAUCAAUCUCACUGACCUCCUCAAACAAGAGAAAAAGGAUGAGGCACAGAAGGUUCAAAUGAAGUUUCUGGUGGAGCAGAUGAGGAGGCCAGACUAUAUGGAUGCACUGCAGAGCUUCACCUCCCCACUCAAUCCAGCACAUCAGCUGGGAAACCUCCGUCUGGAAGAAUGUCGGAUGAUGUCAUCUGCCAAGCGACCUCUGUGGCUUAAUUGGGAAAACCCAGAUAUGAUGUCAGAGCUCCUGUUUCAGAACAAUGAAAUCAUCUUCAAAAAUGGAGAUGAUUUGAGGCAGGACAUGCUGACGCUGCAGAUCAUUAGGAUAAUGGAGAACAUCUGGCAGAACCAAGGCCUUGAUCUCAGGAUGCUUCCCUAUGGUUGUCUGUCCAUCGGUGACUGUGUCGGGUUGAUUGAGGUGGUGAGGAAUUCUCACACCAUCAUGCAGAUCCAAUGUAAAGGAGGCCUAAAGGGGGCGCUGCAGUUCAACAGCCACACGCUGCACCAGUGGCUUAAAGAUAAGAACAAGGGCGAGAUGUAUGACCAAGCCGUAGAUUUGUUCACACGCUCGUGUGCAGGCUAUUGUGUCGCCACAUUUAUCCUGGGCAUAGGAGAUAGACACAAUAGCAACAUCAUGGUCAAAGAUGAUGGACAGCUGUUCCACAUAGAUUUUGGUCAUUUCCUUGACCACAAAAAGAAGAAAUUUGGAUACAAGAGAGAGCGUGUGCCCUUUGUUCUGACACAAGACUUCUUGAUCGUCAUAAGCAAAGGAACACAGGAGUGCACCAAGACAAGAGAGUUUGAAAGAUUCCAGGAGAUGUGCUACAAGGCCUACCUGGCAAUCCGACAGCACGCCAACCUCUUCAUCAACCUCUUCUCCAUGAUGCUGGGCUCAGGGAUGCCUGAGUUGCAGUCAUUCGACGACAUCGCUUACAUUCGGAAGACCUUGGCCCUGGACAAGACGGAGCAGGAGGCUCUCGACUAUUUCAUGAAGCAGAUGAAUGACGCUCAUCACGGCGGCUGGACUACUAAAAUGGACUGGAUCUUCCACACCAUCCGCCAACACGCCAUGAACUGAAAUGGAAAGCAAAGUAGCGGAGUGAAGCGAAACUAUGACGUGAAUCAGCUGCGCACUGAGAACCAAAAAUGCAGUAGCAGCAAUGAAUUGCCACACUAAAACCUGGUUUGUCUUUUGCCAGCAUGUGGCUCUGAACCAUUACCUGCCAGCGCAGUAUGAACAGGGGUGCUAAGAAGAGCCUUUAUCAGGGACACUAAAUGUUUUCAUGCCCUUAUGAUUUUCUUUUUGGUGGCUGCAGUAUAUGAACUUCAGAGUUGUAUUUCAUCAGUUCCCUCCAUAGGAACUAAAACCGUUUAAUGGACCUUGGGCACAUUUGGCCGUCUUCUUAAGAACUAACGAGAGACACUUUAUUUUCCACUCUCUUUUUUUUUUUUUUAAUAUAACCAUCGGAAGACAUCAGCAUUACAAGGAACAUCACUAUGAAGUUGUGCUAUCGCAAGCACAGCAGGCUUUUUUCUUUUGUUUAUUUCUAUAUCUCAGACAGCUGACAGGAAUCACACUACAUGAGUUUCACUACCUUUAUUUAAAAACUAUGAAUGAUAGAGAAAGUGGAGACGGUAUUGCUGCAUGUGGGAGAAAGAAAAGGCCUUUGGAAAAGUCUGUCCAGAUUACUCCUGAAAAGGAACUUGCAAUAUUCAGAUUACAGAUGGAAAGCUGUUUGCAUGGAUUCAAUUCAGCACGCUCUUGGCCCUCACAAUUAUGACAAUUCUGAACACUAAAAAAAUAACAACUCACGAGUAAAAUGUCUCCUCUACUUCCUUCCACUGACAUUUCUGCACAAUAGCAGGUCUACUUUGGUAAGGCUAAAACUUCUUGCACUAGUACCGCUAGUGACGAUAUAAGAAAACUGUGAAACUCAUGGAAUUGUCGUACAAGUGAGGACAAAGCCCUCACUAAUACAGCAAACGUAAUUUGGUUUCCAUAAGGCCGUUUUGAAAUGUAUUUAUUCUGCAUCCUUUAUAUCAAGCCUAAUGUCCAUUUACUACUCGGACGGUCUUGGGCCUCAUAGAAAGAAUAUCAGCACAUGAGUAGAAUGCCUGUCUCAAUGGUAACAUCCCCCCCCCCCCCACACACACACUACUAGUGCUAAUUUUGGCCUACUAGUAAGCAAUUAAACUAAUAAAUUAUUUCCCUAUUCCUACCACUACUUUGGCACAGCUCGAAGGCAUGUGUCAUGCCCUCAUAGCCUCCUGGAUCAUCACAGUAGAUCCACUAGUAAGAUUUUAUUGUAUACUCGUCGGUUUAAAAUUGCAUUAGUUGUGGAAAAAAAAUAGUAAGACAUUUCUUCUACUCGUGUGCUGAAUUGUUAUACAAGUGAGGCCAAAAAGCUUACUAGUGCAUAGACAUCAAACUAGAUAUCAAGAAUAUCAAACAGCUUUCCAUAAGUACGGUAUGAGACUGACAGAUGUGUUGUUGUUGCAAACACUUCAAUAAUAGCAUUUAUUACUUGGACUUCCCUGGUUUUGCUGAUUUAGUACCUUGGUGCAUCCAGAUAAGUCCACCGUUUUGAAGUCACUCUUUGACUUUUGAUGUUUGUUGUUUGGUACAGCAUUAUAUCCAUCGCCGUACAUGCACAGAUUCCUUUUUUAAUCAAUUUCUACUGAGCCAAAGUACUACAUGUGUAAACUCAGCAGUCUUAUUGUUUUAAAAAGUCCCUUUGUCUAUUCCCAUUCUCGUGUACUCAUCGCACUGAUUUCGGAUUUCUGUUAUGUGUGUCGUGUCAUUUUAUCAGUAUUAUUGGGUUGGAGGGAAAAAAAAGCGCAGAUUUAAAUUAACCUCUUUGACCACUCAGUUUAAAUUGGUCUCACUUGGAGAAAGCAAGGAGGAAAAAUACAGUGUUCCUUUUUUGUCAGUUGUUUUAUGCUGUUACACUAUGCAAAUUGUGAUCGUAACAAGUACUGUAUUAUGCAAAAACAACACAAAAUAGUUGAUGUCAAAGACAAGGAAAGCAACCCCCUCAACUAGGAAGUAUGUGAACUUUAAACUCAUUAUACACAUGGAAGAAAUUAAUGCACAAUGCUGCACUGUAACUGUAUCAUCAACUUUUGUAUCCAGAAGCCUAAAAAUGAGACUUGCUUUUUCCUGCCUUUUUAACCUUCAACCGGUUAUGUCUCGUCUCCUUCUUAGUACACUUCUUUAACUUUGCAAGUGUCCUCUUUCCUGUGAUUGUCGCCCUUAUGCGUGCAACGGAGUCAUACGUAAGAGGUACCUAGCUUUACCAAAUAAUGCAUUUAUACACAUUUUCCUAUUGUAUUGUCUUCAAAAAACGAAACCAGUCCUGGUCACAUGCUUGGGCAGGACCCAUUCCAACUGAGACCCUGGUAGUCUGUACUUUCUGGAUAAACAAUUCAGAUUCUUCUACAUACUACAUAUGUUUUGUCAUGGUUGUUGUUUGUCCCACUACAUUCUGUAUGAGGUAACUUGUUUUUCUUGUUUUGACCUGAUGCUGUUUACUUGAAUUUCAUGUAUAGAAUUGACCUUGUUACUUGUGAGGUACAACUCAGUCACAAUGAAGGUAACAGAACCGCUACUGCUACGACAUGUGCAAAUGCUUGUUUCCCCCUUGAAUAACUACAGAGGUAAUAUAUUUUUGUAUUUUUCAAAAUAUAAUCAUUCAUAUAUGAAAUUCCAAACCAAAAAGGAAAAAAAACAAACCGAUCGAGCCCAGUUGACAGCUAGUAGUGGUUGAAAGACAAAAGGUUGACAGGAUGAAUGAAGGACACGGGUUUAUGAUGGCUUUCACAAAGAGCACAAUUAGGGGAAAAUAAAUGCCCUGCAUGUUUCAACAAAAAAAAUCCAUUCUCUAUCCAUCUGUGUACAUAUUUACAUAUAUAUUAUAAAUAUAAAGCCCCCUCAAAUACUUUGUAGUCAUUCUCAUAUGACAUUGUCUGAUAAGAAAAUGUAUUCAUUGUUAAAUAAAGUUUCUCCCUAUAAACAU